ACAAACAGAGGAAUUUUCAUAGUGCCACAGAGACACAGUUUUAAAGAAAAUUAACCUAUGAAUGGUAUACUUAUGCCUGUCUCUGCAGAUUAAGCUGGGAUGGGAGAAAGUACUUCAAACACCGAAAAAGUUACAUACUCCAACUUUAAAUCAAGAGACAGUGUCAAGAAAAAGUCUGUGAACAUUUUGGAAUUAUCUGCAUUUCUGCAUUAAUUAUUCAUAAAAUGGGGUCUGAUCUUCACCUACAGUUCCAUCCCACCAUGGCUUCGGGGGACACUUUUGCGCAAUGGCCCUGGUCAGUUCUCAGUAGGAGACACUUCAUAUAAGCACUGGUUUGAUGGGAUGGCAUUUAUCCACAGUUUCACCUUUAAAGAUGGUGAUGUAUUUUACAGAAGUAAAUUCUUGAAGAGUGAAACAUACAAAAAGAACACAGCUGCCAACAGAAUUGUUGUGUCUGAAUUUGGAACCAUGGUCUACCCAGAUCCUUGCAAGAAUAUCUUUGCAAAAACCUUCAGUCAUCUGCAGAACACCAUCCCAGAUUUCACCGAUAAUAAUCUCAUUAACAUCAUAAAAUAUGGUGAGGAUUAUUACGCAUCAUCAGAGGUGAACUACAUCAACCAAAUUGACCCAAUGACUCUUGACACAUUAGGAAGAACUAACUACAGAAACCAUAUUGCCUUGAACUUGGCAACUGCACAUCCUCACUACGAUGCUGAAGGGAACACGUACAACAUGGGCACUGCCAUUAUGAGCUUCGGCAGACCAAAAUAUGUUAUUUUUAAGGUGCCUGCCAGUGCCUCAGGGAAGAAGCCAGCCCUGAGUGAGGUGGAGCAAAUUUGCUCCAUUCCUUUCCGUUCCACCCUCUACCCUAGCUAUUUCCACAGCUUUGGCAUGACGGAGAACUACAUAAUCUUUGUGGAGCAGGCCUUCAAGCUGGAUAUUCUCAGAUUGGCCACAUCUUACUUCAGAGAUGUCAACUGGGGCAGCUGCCUAAAAUUUGACAAAGAUGAUGUUAAUGUGAUCCAUCUGAUCAAUAGGAAAACUGGCAAAACUGUGAACACAAAGUACUAUACAGAUGCAUUUGUGGUAUUCCAUCACAUCAAUGCCUAUGAGGAGGAUGGCCAUGUUGUCUUUGACUUGAUCACAUACCAGAACAGCAAUCUGUACGAUAUGUUUUAUUUAAAAAAUAUGAAGCAAGAUGUUGACAAGUUCAUAGAGACAAACAAGGACUACUCUCAACCAAUAUGCCAGCGGUUUGUCCUCCCUGUCAAUAUAGAGAAGGAAACUCCACCAGACACAAAUCUUGUCAAGUUGAAGGACACAACAGCCACAGCAGUGUUGAAGCCUGACGGCUUGCUCUACUGCACUCCAGACACCAUUUUUCCGGGUUUAGAAUUACCAGGGAUCAACUACAAAUACAACAGUAAGAAGUACAGGUACUUCUACGGCUCCAGGGUUGAGUGGUCACCAUAUCCAAACAAGAUUGCAAAAGUUGACAUAGUUACCAGAACACAUCAGGAGUGGAUAGAAGAGGAAUGUUACCCAUCUGAGCCUGUAUUUAUUGCAUCUCCGAAUGCUGUCGAAGAAGAUGAUGGUGUGAUCCUGUCUUCUGUGGUUUCAUUUAAUCCUCAAAAGUCACCUUUCCUGGUGGUCCUGAAUGCUAAGACCUUUAAAGAGAUUGCUCGGGCUUCCAUUGAUGCCACUGUUCAUAUGGACCUGCAUGGACUUUUCAUCCAUGAGAAGUCUACCUAAAAUGAUCCAUAGCAAGUUUCAUAACUUAAAAACAAAGUUCAUCCAAUGAGGCUAACAUCUGCAUAAAAUCUCCUUUUGUGUUUCACAGAACAAAGGAAAAACAUGAAAAUAAGUACCGUAAAUGAUGACAGAAUUACAGGUCUUAAAAAGAUUAAGUCAAAAUUGUAACUAAGAUUUUAUCUUGUAACAAAACAAGUGUUGUUUAUAUUGUAAUCUUUUUUGCAAAGCCUUAUAUAUUUUUAAAAGGCCUUUAAAAAGGAAAAUUAAUAGAUGUGUAGAUUCUAAUUUCAUUAUUGGAAAUUGUAUUUUUUUUUUUUUUUUUUUUUUUUUUUACAGAUAUCCUAAAACAGGGCUUUGUUGUAAAUUCAGUGAGCAUGGCUAGUAAAAUGGUCUAUCCUUGGGUCUAAGUGAAUAACAACCAAAUCUAAAGCAUAAGGCUGAAAUGUGUAAUUUCUGCGACUCUAGCGUCACCAGACAGAAUUGCAAAAAUAAAAUAAAAAAUUCAAACAGCUUUUUAAUCAAUCCCACCAUCUGCUGUUGAUUAAACAAACAGAUUGUCCUGCCCAAAACUCACACCACUGAAUGAGCUAGAUGAGCCGCUCAUACCAUACAUACCCAUUUUUAAAGUGCCAAAGAGACAGUUUUUACAGUUUGAGGAUGGCUUACUUAUAAUUGAAUCUGCAUAAUAAGCUUAAAUAGAAGAAAGUAUUUUGUCAUCGAAAAAGUUACUCACUUCAGCUUUAAAGUUGUAAAAUGUAUUUUGUAAAAAAUAGAAGGAUUGUUUUUACAAUGGAUUUUUGUUUAUUGCAACUUUUUUAUAUUUCCAAUGUUUUAUGAGCAGUACAAGCUCUUUAUACACUCUUUAACAUGCUGUGCCAUAUAAAAUAGAAAUUCUCCUAUUUUACAGAAUUACAAAUGCUACAUUAAAAUUAGUUGUCUUUGAUAUUUUAAUUUCAAAGCACUUGAACUCAAAAUGCAUUAUUUGAAUAUGCCAAUGUUCUAUAUUAAAAAUUAUAAUAAAAUAAAAUGUUAUAUUUAUAUAUAUUUUUAAAUAUAAACAAAAAUCUUCUUUUUGCAUAAUUCAACUACCACAGUUUUAAAGUAAAAUUUCAGCACUCGUAGUUUUUGAAAUAAAGGAAACCAAAAAUGUCUGCAUAAAAUAUUAAUUUCUCAGUUUUUUGUUAUAUACUGUAAAUAAUCAUAACAUUAAGCAAUAGGUGUCAUUGCUUAAUGUUAUGAUCACCUCUGCAUGUCAAUACAGGACUACAGUGAAAAUUAACCAAUGAUCACCCAUCUGAAAUAUUACUAGCAAAGGAGCUUUAUUACACACAAAAAUGUAUUAGUAAAUGUCUUAUGAAACAAUUUUGGACACAUAUGAAUGAACAGACAACAUGGAAUAGUUUGUACAUUGUAAAAUUCAUUUUCACAUUAGGUCUAUUUAAAUGAUCUGCAAAAAUGCCAAAAAUGAUUAAAAAUGAUGUUCAGCCCUAAAAUAAAAUACUUUUCUGG